CUAAUCCUGAAGCAUUCUAGCUGUGCUUCAUCUUGGUCACCUCGAAUCAGCAAAAGAAAAAGUUCCUUUUAUUGAUAUCAUUCUAUUAAACUUUUACCAGGAAAAGAUCUCCUUUUUCUUCAUUUUUUUUUCUAUCAGCCAAACCAUAGCACAAGUUCAGACAAAAUCUUGCUGGUUGUCUUGCCAUGAGGGAAUUUCCUUCUUGUUUUGGAGAAAAUGGAGUACAGGUUGCUGAUUCAUCCUCAUCAAGUACCACAAGAGCAGCUCAAAAUGUGGUUACGUGUGUGUAUCAGUGCAAAUUAAGAGGGCGUUCUUGCUUGAUCACAGUCUCGUGGACCAAAACACUGAUGGGUCAAGGCUUGAGUGUGGGAAUAGAUGACUUGGGCAAUCACUGCCUGUGCAAGGUUGAAAUAAAGCCAUGGUUGUUCUCAAAGAGAAAAGGAUCGAAGAAUUUGGAGGUCCAAUCUGGUAGAGUUGACAUAUUUUGGGAUUUGAGUUGUGCUAAAUUUGGUUCUGGGCCUGAGCCAUUGGAGGGGUUUUACUUAGCGGUUGUGUUCAACAAGGAAAUGGUGUUGCUCUUAGGGGAUCUGAAAAAGGAGGCAUGCAAAAAGAUCGAUAGUGAUUGUGCUUUUGCUCACUCCGGUGCCGUUUUUAUUGCAAAGAGAGAGCACAUUUUUGGUAAGAAGUUUUAUGGUGCAAAGGCUCAGUUUUGUGACAAGGGGCAAGUGCACGAUGUCACAAUUGAGUGUGACACUGUGGGCCUCAAUGAUCCCUCUCUUGUAAUUAGAAUUGAUAGCAAGACAGUGAUGCAGGUGAAGCGACUCAAGUGGAAAUUCCGAGGCAAUCACACCAUUUUGGUGGAUGGUGUUCCAGUUGAAGUGUUUUGGGAUGUGCAUAGUUGGCUCUUUGGGAACGCCAUGGGCAAUGCGGUGUUCAUGUUUCAAACAUGCAUUUCAGCUGAGAAGCUGUGGCAAGGCCAAUCAGCUUCGGAUCCCUCUGCGCUAACUUGGGCUUCUUCUCAGCAGUUUAGAGAUUCUCAGUUGCAAGGCUUUGGUUUCUCUCUGAUUUUGUAUGCUUGGAAGCAUGAGUAGUCCAUAGAGGUGUUAAAUCUUAUUCUUAAAUGUUAAAUUAAUAUUUG